AUGUCGUCGUCGAACUAUGUGUCCAACAUUGCUCUUGUCGGUGCCGGUGGAAACCAAGGCAAAUAUAUUGCUGAAGAGCUAGUCAAAGGUGGAAAGCAUACAGUCACCGCUAUUACCCGUGCCGACAGCAAAGCCAAACUCCCCGCCGGAGUUGUCCCAAAGGUUGUCGACUACAACGAUGCUUCUUCCUUAGUUGAAGGUCUCCGUGGUCAAGACGUCCUCGUUAUUACGGUUUCAGUGGCUGCGCCACCAGAUACUCAAACCAAAUUGAUUGAUGCUGCCAAAGAAGCUGGCGUCAAGUUUGUGAUUCCCAACGAGUGGGGAUACGAUUCCGAGCGAAAUCCACAACUUCUCCGCGACAUGCUAAUCGGAGAAAGAGUCAUUAAGAUCAGAGAAUAUUGCCAAUCUAAGAAUAUACCGUUCAUCGGAGUAAAUGGCGGAUUCUGGUAUGAAUUCAGUCUUGGGGGCAGCGACAUCCGGUACGGGUUUGAGAUUGAAAAGAGGGAAUUCACUCGCAUCGACAGUGGCGACAUCAAAAUUAGCACUUCGACCUGGAAUCAGGUUGGCCGUGGGACUGCCGGCCUACUUAGUCUCAAACUCUACCCUGAAAGCGCAGAAGACAAGGAAACCAUCAGCAGCUUUUUCGGAAAAUCCUUCUGUGUUGAGUCUUUCAGAGUCAGCCAGAAUGAUAUGUUUGAAGAGCUCAAGAAGGUCACCGGCACAACUGACGCCGAUUGGAAGAUUACAAACGAGAAUCACAAGGAGAGAUACGAUCGUGCUAUCAAGAUGUUCCAGCAAGACGGUGAUUGGAGAGGUUUUGGUAUGGCUAUGUACACCCGAGCUUUCUUCCCCGACCAGGCGGCUGCCAUGCCAAAUAUUCAGAACAAGUUACUCAACCUGCCACAAGAAAACUUCGAAGAAUCCACGAAAGGGGCCAUAGAGUAUGAAAAGACUGCUGCUAUCUAUGUCUAA